AUGGCUUCUACUGCGCAGGCCACAAAUGUGAUCUCAUCAGUCACAGACCUGAAGGACUUCAUUGACUCGAUUCCCUUGGGUGCUACGCUUUAUCUCGACCUUGAGGGCAAAAAUCUCAGCCGCAACGGGACUAUUACCAUCAUAACCAUUCUCGUACACCCUACCAAAGUCACGAAGCUUAUCGAUGUUCAGACUCUUGGUAGCGCCGCUUUCACCACGGCUUCCACACAUGGAAAGACUCUCAGAACUGUACUCGAAGACCCUCUCAUAUCCAAGUGUCUUUGGGAUGUUCGAAACGAUGCCGACGCCCUUUGGGCCCACUAUAAGGUCCGCCUUGCGGGUGUAACAGACAUACAGCUCCUAGAGAAUGCCUCAAGAGUUGGCGGCAAAACCUACAUCCGAGGGCUUAACACCUGCGUCGAGAAGGAUCUAAGGCUGGGAUUCAUGGAACUUCACGGAUGGGCCAGAACUAAGCGGGCGGUUACAACUCGCAUGGCCGACGACGUCUUCUCCCGCCGCCCGUUGGACGCAGAGACGGAAAAAUACUGCAUCAACGAUGUUUUACACCUGCCUGCGCUACAGGAUACUUACACAAAGCGGCUCGACAGUCGAUGGAUGAAAAAGGUUAUGGACGAGAGUGCGCGUCGCGUGGUCGAAGCCUGUUCCCCAGGAUACGAGCCCCAAUCUGAGAACAAGAAGCUAGGGCCGUGGGGAUCAGGAUGGGGCGUCUAG